AUGCCAUUAGAUCUUCCGAUUGAGAUCAUUUCAAUUAUUGCAACUUACCUUUCUACCAAAGAUAAGAUUACAUGCUCGUAUAUCUGUAAACAAUGGAGUAAGCCUUUUCAAGUGGCAUCAUGGAACAUAAUCAAUGUAAAUGAAAAUGUCAUUCGCUCGAUCAAAGAAAAACAAAACAAGGAAUCAAUAUACAGCAAGAACGGAAGACAUGGCAAGCAAAUUAUCCUAUCUCGGCAACAAUACAUAGGCGAUUUGUGUUGGGACGCCAUUCGACGUGAAUUUCCCAACACAAGUUCUAUUACUGUCGCAUACAAGAAUCUUAAUCAAUGGUCACUCGUAAAAGAUGCAGACUGGGGUGACUUGAAUUUCUUAAAAACCAUAAAUAUUCAAUUGAGUGAUUACACAAUCUCUCCGCCAAGCCGAAGCUUUGAGAUUUUUUCCUCUUUACCUUACUUGACGAAAUUACAUAUCGAUGUGCCUUUUCCAAGGACACACUUCAUAAAUCAUAACAUUCUCGAAGCUAUCAAAACAAACCUACCACUUCUCAAGUCUAUUUCUGUUAAAGGGUCCAUAUCUGAUGUCAGCCCUUACGCCAUGUUUGUUAUGGAGCGCGCAAGACCUGCAAACAAUAUCACCUCAAUUGAAAUCCGUGUUCUCGACUUUGAUAAACAGUGGGUUUGUUAUUUGGCUCGAAAAUAUCCAAACAUCCGCAGACUCGUAUUGGGAGCACACACAAGCCAUCUGAGAAAGGAACUCCAUGACAUAACACUCAAUCGCAUAUCUUCUAUCCCCAACUCAUUCGCUAAUCUGGAGGAGCUAUCCGUGUAUAAUAUGAACGACACAAGAGAUUCACAGACCUUCUUUUGGAAGAUGCUUUCUUGCUUUAACAUGCCAAUCAAGCGCCUAUCCUACAAACUAUGGCUUCCAAAAUCUCGACAAAACUGCUUUACCAAAGUGGUUUUUCAAGCCUGCAUCGAUAUCGCCCCAAAGACAAUCGAAGAGCUACAUAUCUUUUAUGAGGUUGAUCAUGAUGGUCCACCAUUUAUACCUUUAUACUUUUCUGUCUGUCCGAAUCUAGUCAACUUGUUUCUCUCAGGACGAUUCUCAGUUAACCUGGACACCUUGUUUGAUAACUGUAGAUCCCUAAGAAAUGCCACGUUUUAUCGCGUAGGUGUCAAAGUCACUCAGAAAGGUCUCAAGAAGAUUACGACGCACGACAUGUCAGCCAUUUCGCUUCACAGAGUCGAAACUAGUCCCAGCAUACUCGAAUAUAUAUCCCAGCGGUGCAGAAAUCUUAAAACCCUAUGUAUUUUCUACACAGCCAUAAUCGGAAAAAUAUCUCUAGAAACCGGAAUCUUACCAAUUGACAUGUCUCACCUUCAUCUUGAAUACUUUCACUAUACCGGCAACGAAAUCUUCUCAUCGAACAGCAACGAUGGUAGACCGUUUUACAUGCACAUCAUAGCAUUUCGUAAACCUGCUAUCCAACCAAAGCUCACCCUGGAAGCACACCACAAUACCACUACUACCACUACCAACAACAACAACAACAACAACAACGAUACUGACGUAUUAAUACCCGAUGGCUAUAAACCAAAAGAGGACGAUGAAUUUACCUGGUUCCAUGAUUAUCUGGAGUUUCAGGGCCUAGACAAGGCAGAAAAUAAAAAACGAGUUUUGGAUGAAGAUGAAUCCAGAUAUGCCAGGGAUUAUUAUCGUAAUUUCCAGGAAAGAAGGGAUGCUGAAACACCGAGUCAAUCCGAAAGUGUCAGAUAUUUCUUUACUCGACAAUAUGCCAAACAGCCUUUACCGCAUUAUCCAAUACCCGAAGUAAACUUCCGUAGGAGAACCUUAGAAGACGAAUGGAAGAAAGAUCUUCAUCGUGGAUAUGCAGAACUUCGGUUUAAAGGGAAUAGCAAAGAGGUCAAGCGUCUUAUUUCGGACAAGCGCCUGAAAAUUGAAGCGCAUGACCGAGACUCUCUCCAAGUUAUGUUUCCGAACAUACACCGUAUUCCGAUUACAUACCCACAUAUUUAUGGCUGCGAAAGAUUAUCUAGCUGGGAUCUUUUAAAGGCUGUGGCUAUUGCUAUGGAGCAUUGUAAUCCUUUCUUGUUUAAAUUACUUCUUGGAUCUCUUUCCUCGUUAUCUUUCUUGAGGCAUUUGGAGAUUGUUAUACCCUUCAAAAGCUCAAACAUGAAUUCGAUGGAUACUGGCAAGACAAAAAAUCUAACUAUACUCAAGCUUUCCUGUAGAAACUUUCGGGGAUGUUGGGUGCAUUAUUUUUCCCAGAAAUACCCAAAUAUCCGAACACUCAUCCUGGACUUGAAUUCGAACAGUGAAGAUAUCAAAGAUUUCAUGUGUAUGCAGAAAAGCCUAUUUUACACCUCAUUGAAAUUUUACGAUUUGGAGAGAGCAUCAAUAACUGAUUACCAUGUUAUGCACAGUCCAGAAGACCGUAUUUUGGCAUCAUACUCUAUUUGUAAUAUCCCAAUCUACAAUGUAAUUUACAAACAAGUUAUCUACAACACUUUCAAGAAGGACCAAUACAAAGUUAGUAUUUACGCACUCAACUACAUAUCCAUCAAAUUUGGAAACAUUCAAAGUCUGGGCCUUUGCAAUUCAAGCAUAACAGGACCCAUAUCUGAAGGAACCGGCUGUCUCACAAUUGACAUGUCUUACAGCCACCUCAACCACCUGCACUUAAGCAACUGUCAAACUCUGUCAACAAACGAUCCUUUCGAUACCAAAUCUCUUGUCCAAAUCAUAGAAAUCCGCAGUCCUGUUAUCCCUCCUUUGGCCAACCAAGACUCAUGCGACAAUACUAGCGAAAACUCUGAAGCAGUGAUCCUUGAAUACGAGCAACCAACAGAUAAUGAAAAUUUGAUCUGGGCUUCACUAUCAUGUCGUACUGGACGGAUCCGAAAAAAGGACUACAGUCAAAGCUCGAUAUAG